AAAACAUAACGGAUAAAGAUAUGACAGACAUCAAUCACGAUAAGUUCACUGAAUUGUUCAAACGUCUUGAGAAGGCCACCAAUGCGUUAGAGGGCAUUGUUGAAAGAAACACUGGUGCUGGUGCUGGUGAAGGUGUUGUGGGUAGUGUUCAAUCGGCUGGUCAAGCUGCCGGUGUUUCCGUGGCUGGUACCACAAUCAGUGAUGUCGAUGCAUCUUCAGCAUCUGUCAACGUUGUCGAGGAGACCCCUUCUACGAAGGGUUUCAACGAAUUCUUGGAGUUGUACGUUGAGCCGUUUGCCUCGCUGUCCCAGGAGAUUGACCCAAUUGUUGGCGAACAAGCGAAUUCUCUGGCAAGGGCGUUCAAAGAACAACUCAGUUUCAUCAAAGCAGCUGCGGUUUCGAAGAAACCUGACUUCUCUCGCCCAGAGAAUGCCUCUUUGCUCUCUUCUCUGCAAGCAACCAUUGCUUCCAUCAACGAUUUCAAAGAUGCCAACAGAAAAUCUGAGUAUUUCUCCCAUCUCAAUGCAAUUGCAGAGGGUACAGGUGUGCUGAGUUGGUUCUUGACCGAGACUCCAGUGUCUUUUAUCCCAGACAUCAAGGAUUCAGCCACCUUCUGGACCAAUAAGGUGUUGAAGGAGUUCAAAGAGAAGGAUGCCAACACAACUGAAUGGGUUAAACAGUAUCUGAGUAUCUUUGAUGGGUUGAAGCUGUACGUCAAGCAAUAUCACAGCACAGGGCUGACAUAUAAUGCCCAAGGUGGUGAUUUUGCAACCAACUUGAAACAACAGGAACAACAUUCCUCUUCUGCUUCAACCACUGAGCGUAACUCCACUGUUGCACCAGCAUCCUCAGGUGCACCACCACCACCACCACCACCAGGUGCUGGUGGUCCUCCUCCACCUCCACCUCCACCUCCAGCAAACAUCUUUGACGAUGUCAAGUCCUCGUCGACGGAUUCUGCUCCAGCAGCUGGUAUCAAUGCCGUGUUUGCUGAGCUGAACCAAGGCGAAGGCAUCACAAAGGGAUUGAAGAAGGUUGACAAGUCCCAGAUGACCCACAAGAACCCCGAAUUGCGUCAAUCCUCUGUCGUUCGUGCACCAUCUGCUGGUGGUAAGAAGUCACCUCCAGUUCCAAAGAAGCCUUCAGCGUUGUCUUUGAAACCAAAACCAGAGCCUAUCAUCGAGCUUCAGGAUUCUAAAUGGAUAGUUAAGAACGUUGAAGGUAAGCACGACAUUGUCAUUGACGGUGAAAUGUCACAGUCAGUCUUCAUUGGUGAUUGUAAGGAAGUCACCGUCCAAGUUAAGGGUAAAGUCAAUGCGAUUUCCCUUUCAUCAACUUUGAAGACCGCAAUUGUUGUCGAUUCUCUUGUCUCUGGUAUCGACAUUGUCAACUCCAAGAAGUUUGGUAUUCAAAUCAUUGAAAAGGUUCCACAGAUCUCUAUCGAUAAGAGUGACGAGGGUCAAAUUUACUUGUCAAAGACAUCGCUGGAGACCGAGGUUUACACAAGCUCGACAACCUCGUUGAACAUCAACGUUCCACAAGCUGAAGAAGGUGGUGAUUUCAAAGAGCUUUCGAUCCCAGAACAGUUCAAACAUACGUUCAACGAAAAAGGUGAAGUUUCCAGUACCAUCGUUGAACAUGCUGGCUAACCUGAAAUAGCUAGGAUACAUAUACGCCAACACACACGAUUUAGAAAGACUGCUUUUUG